AUGGUGAAGAAGGAAAACGGGGCUGAACUUGUGUGCUGGCGAGGGGAAAACCUCCGGGUUCCGAGCCCUGGGCACAGCUCGCACACCUCGCAGGAGAGCGCCCCAAGCUGGAGUGACAAAAAAGAAGCGGGAAAGGGGGAAAAAAAAAUUUUUAUAGAUAUAAAAAACCCUUCGCAAAGAGAAUGCCCGCCCAGCUCCACGGACCCGCAUCGUUUUGAAGUGAAAAUUCAACCCCCUCGAGACGUUGCUUCUGCUUCUGCCAAACACCGAUUCCGCCGGCAAGGGCAAGUAAUUCAUGGCAUAAAUGACGUUUUAAAAACACCCCCUGAUCCGGCACCGCUGGGGGACUCAGAGCAGAGCACUGGYUCGGACACAGAGGUGCUGGCAGAAAGGACAUCCUGCUCAUUUGGCUCCCACUCUGACCUUACAUCGGGUGGCUCAGGGCCUCAGCCUCCUCCACCUUCAUCCAUGGAAGAGAUYCAGGUGGAGCUGCAGUGUGCAGACCUCUGGAAAAGAUUUCAUGACAUCGGGACAGAGAUGAUCAUCACCAAAGCAGGCAGGUACGUUUAUCACAGCUCCAAGUGGAUGGUGGCUGGMAAUGCUGACUCCCCCGUGCCCCCCAGGGUUUACAUCCACCCCGACUCCCUGGCUUCUGGAGACACCUGGAUGAGGCAGGUGAUAAUCUUACAUUCGAUGCACAAGUACCAGCCCCGUGUGCACGUCAUCCGCAAGGAUUUCAGCAGUGAUCUCUCUCCUACAAAACCAGUUCCUUCAGGAGAUGGGGUGAAAACCUUCAACUUUCCUGAGACUGUUUUCACCACGGUGACAGCCUACCAAAAUCAACAGAUCACCAGAUUAAAAAUCGACAGAAACCCCUUUGCUAAAGGKUUCAGAGAUUCUGGGAGAAACAGGACAGGGCUGGAGGCCAUCAUGGAGACCUAYGCCUUCUGGAGGCCCCCGGUGCGCACUCUGACCUUCGAGGAUUUCACCAGCAUGCAAAAACAGCAAGGAGGCAGCACAGGGACCUCCCCAACCACCUCCAGCACGGGCACCCCAUCGCCAUCUGCAUCUUCUCACCUUCUCUCUCCAUCCUGCUCUCCCCCAGCCUUCCAUCUGGCCCCCAACACUUUCAACGUUGGCUGCAGGGAGAGCCAGCUUUGCAACCUCAACCUGUCCGAUUAUCCCCCGUGCGCCAGGAGCAACAUGGCAGCUCUGCAGAGCUACCCAGGGCUGGGUGAUGGGAGCUACAACCGGCUGCAGAGCAGCACWGCCUCUGCCUCUCAGCCUUCCGAAUCCUUCAUGCCUCAGAGGACUCCCUCCUUGAUCUCAGGAAUGCCGGCUCCUUCCUCCCUGCCCAGCAACAGCAAGAUGGAGCCGUACAGCGGCCAGCUGGGAUCSUUCCCCAGCUCCCAGUUCCAGUAUGUCAUGCAAGCGGGCAGCCCUGCCUCCACCUCGUCCUCCUCACACAUGUUUGGUGGUGGCCACAUGCAGCAGAGCUCCUACAACGCCUUCUCCCUGCACAACCCCUACAACCUCUAYGGAUACAAUUUCCCCGCGUCCCCCAGGCUGGCGGCGAGCCCGGAGAAACUCACCACCUCCCAAAGCACUUUACUCUGCUCUUCCCCGUCCGGAGGGGCCUUUGGAGAGAGGCAAUACCUUUCCACGGGGAUGGAUCACGGGAUGCACAUGAUCAGCCCUCCCUCUGGCAACCAGCAGACGGCCACCGCCUGUGACAACAGACAGUACGGGGCGGUUCAGGGCUCCUCCUCACAGAUGUCUGUGCACAUGGUCUAA